GCUCGGAAAGCCGGCGGGAGCGGAGGGCGGCGCUGGAGGAGGGCGGCGCGCGGCUGACUCAUCCCCCUGGACUGGCAGAGCGACUGACACAAACGCCGCCGCCGAGCCCGCCUGCCGGCCCGCGCCGCCCCAGCUCCGCGCGGGAGGCGCCCGCCCGCCCCGCCCGCCCGCCGGCCCCCCUCCCAGCCCGAUCGCCUCGCACAAAGUUUGUCUCCUCAGAGGGGCCGGAGCCGCCGCGGGCCCUUUGGAAGGGGCGGGGACGGCAGAGGACGCGGGGAGCCGUGCGGGCCCGGGGAGUGCAUGGUGCCCGGCGCCUCGGCUGCCCAUCUGGAGGACAUCGGGGCGGGGUCGGCGGAGCGCAGCUCUUUCUAGCCUCGGCCUCGCCCGCGAUCGCCGCCCUCCCGGACUGCCGCCGCGGGGGUCCCCGCGCCCCAGCCCGCCAUGUCCCGGCUGCUGCCGCUGCUGCGGAGCCGGACGGCGCGCAGCCUGAGGCCGGGCCCGGCCGCCGCCGCCGCCGCGCCCCGCCUGCCGUCCUGGUGCGGCUGCGGGCGUGGGCUGCUGGCGAUCGCCUUCCCCGGAGGCUCCCCCGGCGGCCGCCGGGCGCUGGGCACCCACCCCAAGGAGCCCAUGGAGGCGCUCAACACGGCGCAGGGCGCGCGCGACUUCAUCUACAGCCUGCACUCCACCGAGAGGAGCUGCCUGCUCAAGGAGCUGCACCGCUUCGAGUCCAUUGCCAUCGCCCAAGCAUGCAGAUUUCCCAAACCUGAGGUAGCCAUUAUGAAGACGGCGAAGAAGGUACCAUCAGCAGAGGGCCCUGAUAGUUUUGAAAAGUUGGAAGCUGCGCCGCCCACCCGGGAGCAGCUGAGAUACGUAUUCAUCCACAAUGCGAUACCUUUCGUAGGGUUUGGCUUUUUGGAUAAUGCAAUUAUGAUUGUUGCAGGAACCCAUAUUGAGAUGUCUAUUGGAAUUAUUUUGGGAAUUUCAACUAUGGCAGCUGCUGCUUUGGGAAAUCUUGUGUCAGAUUUAGCUGGUCUUGGACUUGCAGGCUACGUCGAAGCUUUGGCUGCCAGGUUAGGCCUGUCAAUUCCUGAUCUCACACCAAAGCAAGUUGACAUGUGGCAAACGCGUGUUAGUACACAUUUGGGCAAAGCUGUUGGGGUGACUAUUGGCUGCAUUCUAGGAAUGUUUCCUUUGAUUUUCUUGGGAGUAGGUGAAGAAGAUGAAAAACUGGAAAAGAAAAAUUAACCCUCGUAGAGUACCUAGAAAAAGAUGUAAACUAAUGUACCUCAACGAUUAAAUAUGCUGUCACCACAUUUAGGAAUUAAGACAGUAACAGUGUAUAGAUACGGGAUCAAAUAAUUCAGCAUGUAUUAUGGAAAAACACUAACUUAUUGUGGCUUGGUUUUCUUAGGACAUCUUUUUAAAAAGAACUGUUUAGUAUCAUUUCGUGUAAAUUGUUGAAAUCAACAACAGUCAACAUUUUAUCUUUUCCCUCUCUUUCUUUAUAUAUCCAAAUAUCAUUUAUCAGUCAUUGAUGUAUUGUCCUGACUUGGGGUUUGCUUAUUUGUUAUAUAAUGUGUAUAUGCAUGAAAACAUUUUCUGUUAUUGUGUUCCCUAGAGUUACAAUUCAACCUUAAGAUUUUUCCAAAUUACAUGAGAUGUUUAUUGUCAGUUGAAGAUUUUUUACUCACUUUCUGACAUCAAUUUUGUACUGUUUCACAGUAAACAUUCAUAAUCAUAUAAUUUCAGUCACUUUUAUUUACUCCCACAUCUAUUCAAAGCAGACGCAGACUUUUAAGUAUUUUAAGUUUUUGUUAUUCAUUCUAAUUUCUUGUGUCAAGUGCCAGAGGUCAAUCAGAAUGAACAAUUAUGUGGUCUUUGUACUACAUGAAACCACAUAUCUUAAGUAUAUUAUUUUGAAUGGAUUGUUUUACUUUUCAUUUCUCAAUUUUGCAUCAUUAUGUGAUGGUUUUUGACUCUUGAGAGAAAGAAAGUUAUUAUUGUGGGUUCUUUUCAACGGUGAUUAUGGGAUUAGAGUGAACUAAGGGGUUUGACCCGACACUUGAAAAUUAAGAGGCUAAACAAUUUUUUUUAGAAAAAUGGAAACUGGGAACUGCCCAGGUUUGUGGAAUAAGCGGUGAAGCGGAAAGGAUGUUUGUAAGGUUAAUGAGAUGGAAAUUAUAUCGCACAGGAAAGACUUGUUCCCUCCAAAAUGUCUUUUCAUCUGAAUUAAAUGAGUCUGAGUACUUCUUAUUCA